ACGAGUGGGGAGGUGGAGGAGGGUGUAUGGGGCGUUCUCCCUCCUCUCCUCAUUCUCCUCUCUUUCUCGUCUUUAUCAUACUUGCGUGUCUCUAUCACUCAGUCCAUCUGUGAGCAGCUCUGAGCGUUCGGCCAAAGGGACGACUGGAGGGAGCGAUUCCCCUCAUCCCCCUCAUCGUGCAUGGUGAGCAGAGCCGUGAGGACCUGAAGAGGACGCCACGCUGACAGCUGGAAGAUGAUGGAGUGCUUCAAUGAGCUGCUGCUCAAACUGCGGGAGGUCCACGAGCGCGAAGUGGAGGGGUGGCAGGUGAAGGUUCAGGAGCUGUCCAACAAGAAGGGCUGUGACUCAAAGCGAAUGGAGGAGCUGUUCACCAGAAACCAGCAGAUGAAAGAGCAGCAGAGGUUACUCACCGAGAACAUCAAGACGCUGGAGAACAGGUUGCGGGCCGGACUGUGUGACAGAUGCACCGUGACUCAGGAGGUCGCCAAGAGGAGGCAGCAGGAGUUUGAGGCCUCGCAGAUCCAGAGCCUGCAGCACAUCUCCCUCCUCGCCACAGAGAUGAACAACAUGAAAAAGGAAAACAAAAAACUCAAAGAAGACAUCAGGAAUUUGAAAGCAGCACUCGACAUGACCGGGAGCUGGAGUCGAUCGCAGCUGACCGCGGGUGAGAGCAGGCCGCACCUGAACAGCAGAGGAGCAGAGGUGAAGGUUCACAGCUCCCCCGACAGCUCGCCUUCCUCAGGGCCCAUGGCGCUCAGGACCGGCGAGCAUCCGGCAGACGCCGACGUCGUGGCCGUGAAGACUGAGGCGGAACCAAGACCUGACGAAGCUGAAGGCAGACAGUUGAGGCCGAGCCGCAGUCACUUUGACCAAUACAAGUCACUUCUGGUACCAGGCGUCCCGAUACCGUCACCGUGGAAGACGGAGCGCAGCCCGACCCGAGCUGUGGAGAGGAGAGUUCCCGGUGUUGAAGCACUUGACCAGCGCUCUUCCAUCCCUUCUCAAGUUCUUCUUAGGAGCUCUUCCUCCUCGAUGAGUGGAGAGAUGAAGCCCAGCAGACAUGUGCUUCAUGUUCCGGUUCCCUGCCAUCCUCAGCCAAUCAAGAGCAGCCCUGUUUCCCUCCCGUGGGCCUUACCUGAGCCCUCUGAGUGGGGGUCUCUAGCUCCUGCUGGAACCAGUUCAACCAUCCCACCUUCUCCCAGGCUAAACCUGGCACGCUUUAACAACCUGAUCUCAAAUAACCAACAUGUGGCGCCCAGAAGGCCGGUUUUUAACCAGUCCUGGCAAAAGCACAGCACCCCUCAGCCCUCUGCCAAAGAGCCAACGGUCGUCUUUAGGUUAAGUAGUUUACCAGACUACGUUGAAAGUCAAAGGAUGGCCCUGGAGAAAAAAGAAAACCUGUCGUCCAAGACUGAAAGUGUCUCUGAAGAGGGUCUCAAAGAGGCAUGCGAUGCCCCUCUGGAUCUGUCGGAUCGAGGAAAGUCCAAAUCCAGCCAGGCCCCGAGAGUCCAGAAGAGCCCCGACAUUGUUGUGAACGCAAGUUCAAACACGCCAGUGUCAUCUCCUUCCCCUGUCGUCCAGUACUCAUCGUCCUGCUCCCCUCCAGCCAAACAGGAGCAGGACUCCUCCAGUGACCAAAACCACAAGGUCGACACGGAGCAGGAGCAGAACGAGGAGGUGAACGGAAAGACGGACCAAAGCAACGAGAAGAAGGUGCCCGCCCUCACCAUCUCACUACGUCCAGUAGUAGUGCUGGAAACUCUGAACUCUGCCCUUCAAAAACAAGAAGCCUUAUCGUCCAACGGAAAGUCAUCACCUGGAGACGAGCCGAUCAGCAGCACCGACGAGCCGGACGAGGAGAGCGGCUCCGGACCGGAGAGCAGUCAGGGCUGCAGGAGGAAGAGGACGGCAGUAGAGACGGACACCGACGUGGACUCUGACCCGAGCAACGUCCAUCAGGAGAAGAAACCUAAGAGCGUAUCCAGAGCUGAGAAGAGUCCGCGCUAAAGCAGACGAUGCGCCGUCGACGUCCCACAAAUCUACAUGAACCGACUCAAACACUUCAGUGGGUUUCAGUCCAGUGAGGACUCACUCACCCAGCUGACCGGGCGCCACCUCCACUGCGGUUCGGAGUUUCCAAAGAUCCGACCAUGAGGUGUAGCGGCUUCACUCUUCAGUCCUUCAUGAGGAACAUUUGGACCUUACUAACAGCGAUAUUCAUGUUUACCGUCUGUUUUCUCAGCUUGAUCGUCUGCUGCUCAGAAGGUAUAAAUAGUUUGGGUUUUUGUUUUUCUGUGAUCAGCUGUCCACUUCACAGGAAACACUUCAGGAUUCAAGAGUGAAAUGAGAUACAGCAAAGUAGAUUUUUCCUUUUUCAAUGAACAGAAACCUGCUGUAGAAACAAGGGGGCACUUCCACUGUAGACCCCCGACAGACAUCAGCUGACAGUUGUUUAUAUGUAGCAGCAAGGGGAAAAAAAGCACUUGGAAAUUAUGUGAAUGGCACCAAAUAUCUCCGGUUGAAUAUAUGGACUGCAUUAAUGUGAUUUGUUGCAGAGAGGAUACAAACUGCAGCAAAAGAUGAUCUGAUGUAGUGGAUCAGAAAGCAAUGUCAAGAGGAUUAGUAUUAGGAGGAGAACGGGGUGGAUGGAUGGAUCAAUCAUACACCAGACAAUAAUUCAGUAAAUUCUGGUUUUUAUCCAGAGUGGAGAAAGUUUUGGACUGGAAAUUAUUAGAUUCUGUACUUUUAUAUGAGGAUGUGUUUCUUUUUUCACAUCUAAACAGUCUUUUAAUUGAGUAACUAAGGUCUGUUUGAAUAAAACCGUUUCAAAGUUG